AUGAAUACUACGAAUGAUGAUUUUUCUUCUCCGAUAACAACAAUUAUUAUUCAACCACAAAUAUCACAAAUCAAUUUUAAACGAAAUAAACUUAUUUUUCGCCUUGGUUGGAUAUCAUUUAUACUUGGAUUUUGUGCUUAUGUUAUACAUUAUAUAUCAAUAGAUCGUUUAGCAAAUUUUUCACCAAUCAAUGGUGGAAUUAUCUCAGGUUUUCUUCUCAUAAUUGCUGGUUUAGCAUCUGUUGCUGCUGGCUAUAAAGAAAACUCAUAUCGAUGUUUUAUACAUGCUCAAAUUUGGUCAUUUAUUGCUAAUAUUAUAUUAGCACCAGGUCUUAUUGCAGUUUCAAUUACUGCAUUAAUUAUUGAUAGUCAAGAUAUACAUUCAAUAUGUCAAUCAACUGUAUCAUUACCACCAGGAAUAACUUUUGUAAAUAAGCUAGAAGUUUAUCCAUUGAAUGUUCCAUGUAUAGAAGUAACAAAUUUAUUUAAUUUAACUCAGAUACUCAAUACGAUCGAAUUAAUUAUUGGUGUUUUAUGUUUUUUCGUUCAUAUUAUUCUUAUAUCUAUACAACAAAAAAUAAUCAAACAAAUGAAAAUUGAACGAAAUCAUCGUAUUAAUAAAAUUAUUGUUGAUACUGAACCAACUAUCACUAAUACGAAUCAUACAACAUGUGAUGCUGAUACUCCACCAAAAUAUGAAGAUCUUCCUUCAAGACAAUUCAUAUCUGAAUGA